GCACACAAAUCAUGAGCGCGUUACAUCAGUGACGACGGUAACAAAGGUUAGGUGAGCCGUCAGUGAGGAACGUGGCGAGUCCGAGUGGCGUGUGAGUCGUGGCGCCGUACGCCAAGGAGAAGCGAGGUGUUCCGUCGCCGAAAAGAAGAAGAUCCGCACCAGCGGAUCGCCUCCAGCGAUCACCUUGACGCCGUCAUCGCCUGUCAUUCGACCACUAAUCCCACGUACACCGCGUCUGUGUUCGUUGCGUGCUCGACGGCCGACGAGAACGAGACGGAACGGAGACGGCAAAGAGACUACGCGAGGGGGGAGGUGACCAACCCCCUUCACUCUCCCGCUCCUCACUCUCUGUCAGUCAGUCAGUCUCUCCUCUCAGGCCUCCUUCCACGUCCACGAGGAAUUACCAAAAUGGUGGCGCGGUACAACGCGGGUGAUGUGUAGGCAGACCGCGGCUCGCAUCGCGUUCGUUUCAGGGAGGUGCGAGGUACGCGAGCGCAACUGCGCGAGGCCGACGACGGCAGCAUGGGCGACCCGAAGAGCCAGCACGGCGCGCAGGAGAUGAAAGGCUGGCUUUUCAAAUGGACGAAUUACCUGAAAGGUUACCAACGGAGAUGGUUCGUCCUGUCAAACGGCCUCCUGUCGUACUACAGGGCUGAACCAACAGGGGGGCCAAAGAUAUCAUCGCGACGCAAGCGGAGGGCUGGCAGAGCCUCCGAGAACCCCGCGGAGAUGUCCCACACCUGCCGCGGCACGAUUUCCUUACACGGGGCCUUAAUACACACGGUGGACGCCUGCACCUUCGUCGUGAGCAACGGCGGCACGCAGACCUUCCACAUCAAGGCGUCGACCGAGGUGGAGCGGCAGCAGUGGGUCACAGCCCUCGAGCUCGCGAAAGCCAAGGCCAUCCAAGCGAUGGAAUCUGCUUUAGUACUUCGGCGACGUUAUGCGGCGAAAUCUCUUUUAGAAGAAGAGGAGGAGGAAUAUCAAGAUAACGACAAUCAAAACGUAGAAACCGCGUCUGUGAUUAAGGAUCUAACGCGACGACUGGACGAUCUACAGGCGUGCAAUGACUUGAUGCUUAAGCAGGGAUCGGCGCUUCAACGAGCUUUGACCGAUUUGGAAAUGUUAGAACCUCCGUCCCCCGAAUUAGCGGCGAAAUUCAAGAUCGUCAGCGAACGAGCCACGCUCUUUCGGAUUGCGGCGAAUGCCAUGAUCAACACGGGCAGCGAUUACUUGCAAUUAGCCCAGCAACAAGAGCCUAAAUGGAAGAAGUUGCUGCAGCACGAGCGCGAUCAGAAGGUGCGGAUAGAGAAAAUGGUCGAACAGUUAGCUAGGCAACAUUCCCACCUGGAGGAAGCCGCGCAACACGCGAUUCCUUCGGCGACACAUGCGGGGGGACACAGACCUUCACAUCCCGCAGUUACGACGUCACCGUCAGAGGAUGAGGAGGACAACGCUGAAUUUUACGACGCCCAAGAAUCGGACACUUUCACGCUAACCAUACCCGCCACGAGCAAUUCGAUUUCCGCGAGAGAUCGCAACGAUUCUCAGGGUAGCGACGAUGGCUCAAGCUCGGAGGGUGAUCAGACGCCCUUGCCCGUCUCCGAUUCCACUGGCGCCGAUUCAUUCCUCAUUGUGACCGAUUCCACCGCGGCGCAGACUUCCUCGCGUGUCACGAACACAGACGACCUGGAUACCGCAGCUUGGCGAUCCAACAAUGGCAGCAGCAGCACCGGGAUGACCACCAAACGGAAGAGAAGGACUAGGGUACCUGAAAAACCAAACUAUCCCUUGAAUCUGUGGAGCAUAAUGAAAAACUGCAUUGGCAAGGACCUGUCCAAAAUUCCCAUGCCGGUGAACUUUUCGGAACCUCUCAGUAUGCUCCAACGGCUAACGGAAGACUACGAAUAUGCAGAUAUUCUUGAUAGGGCUGCAGAAUGUUCAGAUAGUUACGAGCAGAUGGCUUUUGUAGCCGCGUUCACCGUAUCUAGUUACGCUACAACCGCCGCUAGAACGGGAAAGCCUUUCAAUCCCCUUUUAGGCGAAACUUACGAAUGCGAUCGUACGGACGAUCUUGGAUGGCGCGCGAUUUCGGAGCAAGUGUCUCAUCAUCCGCCUAUGCUAGCUCAACAUUGCGAAGGGAAGAAAUGGCGAUGUUGGCAAGAGUUCACAAUGGCUUCUAAAUUUCGUGGAAAAUAUCUGCAGGUGAUUCCCUUGGGUACCGCUCAUCUAGAAUUUAAUAGUGGCCAGCAACAUUAUACAUGGCGUAAAGUUACUACUACAGUACAUAAUAUUAUAGUCGGAAAGUUGUGGGUCGACCAGAGCGGCGACAUGGAUAUUGUAAAUCAUAAGGAAGGUAUCAAGUGCCAUUUGAAGUACAUCCCGUACUCGUAUUUCUCGAGAGACAGCCAGCGCAAGGUGAAGGGCGUAGUCAUGAAUUCCAACAAGGAAGUCAAAUGGGUAGUGCAGGGUACAUGGGAUUCGAAGAUAGAAAUCGCUCCGGUAAUCAGCACGUCUGGCACCCCCGAUAAUCCAGUUUAUAAGACGGGUCCUUAUAUAUUAGCUUGGAAACGACGUUUGCCUCCUGAAGAUUGUGAGAAAUAUUAUUCAUUCACGGAACUAGCAUGUCAAUUGAACGAGCCAGAAGAAGGUGUAGCUCCGACGGAUUCUCGGCUGAGGCCUGAUCAGCGGUUAAUGGAGGAUGGACGAUGGGACGAGGCUAAUGCAGAAAAAUUGCGUUUAGAAGAAAAACAAAGAGCUGUUAGACGGGCUCGCGAGCACGACGCCGAAAGGGCCGCCGCGCAAGGAUUACCUUACGAGGCGUACGAACCGCUGUGGUUCAAGAAGAAGCAAGAUCCGUACACGGACAGCCGUUGUUUCGUUUAUAAUAGCGAAUAUUGGGAUCAUAAGAGCAGAGGUGACUGGUUGCGAUGUCCAAACAUAUUUUAGUUUGUUAUAUAGAUAGAUUCCAUUGUGUGAUGUGACUUUGUCACAUACACAUGCAGUGUGCAGAGAAAUUUUGGAUCGUUCAAAAGUGACGGUAGCCGAGAUUAGAAGUUGCGACCGUUCGCGGUCGAGACUUUAAAUGCUUAUGAAAUAACGUUGACGUGAUAAUGGGGUUGUUAUGGGAUAUGGUUUAGUAAUUAAUUCUUCCAAUGAAGUGGACGAAACUUGUUGGCAACUCUGACAUGUACAAUGUGUAAUUUGUACUUGCAUGUCAUCGCCAUCGCCUAUUCUUUAACUCUUCUACCUCUCUCUCUUUCCUCUCCCCUUUUCUUCCCCGUCUUUCUUUUCGUCUCUUCUUUUCUCUAGUACUGAAGUAAUAUUUAAUCCAACGUGAUGUUUGAUUAACAUGCGCUUGCGUGCUCUUUUUUUUAAGAUUUUGCGCUGAAUUAAUGAAUGGGCAUCAAUCUUGAAUUUUUCAGUUUUAUUUGUAAGUGCGUUUUAUUAUACAUAUUAGCUGUAUGUAUGAGUUCGUAAAAAAUCGAAACUCUCAGGCAAGUCGAAUGAAUUCCGGAUAUUAUUUUUAGCCUAAAACUGAGAGAUAGCAAUAAGACCGUAUAGAAAAGAAAAAAAACCUAUUGUCAUUAGAGAGGAAGGAUUUCGAAAAGUUACAUGUUCCACUUUAUAAUAUAUUCAGUAUUCUCAACUUAUUUUUAAAUGAAUAUGAAUCUAGUUUUCUAGAAAUUAAUCCGAGUUUAAGUUAUAUCGCACUCAAUCGGUGCUGCUAUAUAUAUACGAAAAUUGUGUGUAUUUUAUUAUUUUUAAUCCAUUAUUGAAAGUAUUUGUGUAAACGCAGAUAAAUGUGCAAUGAGGAAUAGAAUCGAGCCGAUGUUUGACAUGAAUUAAUAUAAAAGAUGCGCUGAUUUUUCUUUUAUAUAUGAUCUUUUACAUCAUUUUUAUAGAAAUAAAGAACAUCUCCAUAUCUUAAGAAGCCAAUUGAACUUCGACACGCAUCGGUAUUUGUAAUUUUUCCCUCGUUGCACACUUUCUGCUUGACCCUAGUGUCACAACAAAGAAAGUCUGAAAAAUAUUCGAAGUGGAAAAAUAAAUCCUGACGUUAUUGUACGUGAAUUUGAAGAUCCGUGCAACUGCACACGUUCAAAGGUUUAUUCAGUGAUUUAUGAAUACGCGCGCGCGAGAAGAUCGACAUUUGUUCAACAUUUUACACACGUAAUAUAAAGCCGACGACGACGAUGAUGCUUCCAAGUUUGGCCAGCGUUGUUCUACGGAAAAAAAAGGAGGAAAAAAAGAAACCAUGCCAUUUCACGUCCGCACAGAUUUCAAGCACGCUAGAAGCUACGCUCCGAAUACUUUGCCGAGCUGUACGCGUCGCAUUAUCACCGAAAUGGAACGACAAGUAGCUAAAUACUCGAGGCGGCGAAUCGAAGACCCCUAAGUGCCGCUCCGCCCGAUUGGAGAAAGACGAAAAUCGGGUAAUCGAGCGUAUUACGAUCGUUUCUUUCUCGAAAUUAUCGCUGUAGCAUAGAGACACACGCGUGCACCCGUAGGCACCCGUGCGAGACCGAAUUUAUAGCGAGUGGAUUCGUGUAUGUACGUAUGUGUUUGUAUGUAUGUAUGCCAGUGUGUGUACAUAUAACGAUUAAUUGAUGAAACUUAUUGUAUAUCCCUCUUACUUAUGAGCACAUAGGCCGUUCCGUUCCGCGAUGUUAUCGAGUACACGGCCGACGUGCACGAGCAUAUCUCGAUGAGCCGAACGGAACGGCUAGCUUGCAGCCAAUGUCUACAAUGAUCAUUACGCUAAGUCCUCUGGCUGUAUUAUAAUUUUAAUAGUUUAUAAUAAUUGAAAUGAUUAUAUAUAAAUAUAUAUAUAUAUUAUACACAUCUGUAUACAUAUAAAUACAAAAAUUAAAUAAUUUAACAAGGUGCGACGAAUGUGUGUGUGUGUAUGUGGGUAUGUGAGAGUAGUGAAGUUGAAUUACUAGCGCUUGUACAUUAGCCAAUUCGUGUGGGGAGAGAGAGACAGAAAAAUAUAAAUAUGCUUCGCUA